UUGGAAUUCAGUUUUUGCAAAUAUAUUUUAUUGGUGAUGAGAAUCGUGAAUUAGAUCAGCGCUGUGCAAUUUCGACGAAUACGAGAAGAUCAAUCGUAAAUGAAUUGCAAAUAAUGUCCCAUCAACACAAUGAAUUGGUGAAAUUGUUCAAAGUGGCACUCGAUCUGAUGCCCACCGAUGGCCACAAAAUCAUAAUAAAAGCCAAUAAAACACCAGUUGCGGAGCACGCCAGACGAUUCAAUGUACCAACGAUUGAUGAAGUAGCCAUUGUUGUGGUUGGUGAACAGUUUCGGUCACGAGAUAUUGUUUUGUAUCGUAGAAAUGAGCAAUUACAACGUAUUUCAGAACUCCAUAACUGUUAUGAUGCAUUGCAGUACCCCAUUUUGUUUUGGAGAGGGGACGAUGGCUAUCAUAUCAACAUACCAAUGAUAAAUCCAACAACUGGUCAAAAAUCAACGAAAACCGUCAGUGCGAUGAAUUUUUAUUCGUAUCGAUUGAUGAUUCGCCCUCAAGAAAACAAUUUUAUUUUGCGAUGCAAUCAACUUUCGCAUCAAUAUAUCGUCGAUAUGUACGCCAAAAUUGAAAGUGAGCUAUUCAAUUUCAUCCGUCAGAGUCAAGCCCGAUUGAGAUCAGAGGAAUACAUACAUUUGCGUGACGCAAAAAUCAAUGAUGCAUUUAUCGAAUUGCAAGUCAUUUUGGACGAAAAUAUAAUAAAAAAUUGAAUGCUCCAGGAGCCCUUGGAAAAACAUUUUUAACUUUAUUUAUUUUAGCAUAAUUUAUUUAGCGUAAAAAAUUGAAAUGGAAAUUAAAGAAUCAAAGUUUAAUUACAAGUUUUUAUCGGCUCUUUCACCUUACCUGUAUAUAGGUGACCACCACAAUCAAAUUUUAAAAAGUACAGAAAAGGCUAUUGUGACAUCUUUAGAAAGUAUGUUGAAUGAAAAAAAUCAACUAAUUAAACUGUUUAAACAUUUUACGAGUUCUAUAAAGAAUUUUACGAAUUCUAUGAAAAAUUUCUUGCGAUAUAAAAAAAACAUUUUAUGUAUGGUGGUGCGAAGCCCACUGGGUGAUGCUAGUUCUAUAUAAAUUUUCUAUAAUAACUAGCGCGACCUAGGAAGGAUCUGAGCUUCUUCAGUGUU